CUGGAGCCAGGCAAAGGUCUGUUUGAAUCCUGACUUGAAAGUAUUCAUAUUUCUGUCUGCCCCUCCCAUAUUAACACUUUUCUUGCCUUUACAGCCGUCAUUCUGCAACCAAUUCAGAACACCAAAUACACCACCCACCUCAACCCGAUCAACCAUACACCGAACAUCGACAUCACCAUUCCUACUCGCGGGAUAUUUUGUUGGACAGGUCGUCGUAUCGAGAACCUUCCGCCAUGGCAACGGCAACCCUGAUCACACCGUCCGCCCAUUACCAACCUCAACCGCCUUUCUCCAGUUAUUCACAACCGAGCUCUGGUGCUGCCAGCAUUGCCAACAUGAUCUCUGAACCUCGAAAGCCAGCCGACGACCAGGAGCCGUCAAAUCGCCAGUCGCUGCCUUCAAUCUCAGAGGUCAUCCAAGGCACUAAACCUGGGCCUUAUCCUGUCGCACAUGCGCCUGGUCUGCAGUCUGGUUCAAGUUUGCCGUCGCCCUUUGCACCAGCUCCUCGAUCAUUUCCAGAGGCCGAUAAGCGCUCAUCUCCUCAGCCUCUCCACCCGACCUCAUCCUUUCCUCGACAAGAUGGACCCGCGUUUGCGGACUCACCUCGUCCUCAUUUCAGCAACCGACCAUCGCUCCCUCCUGUGUCUGACCGUCGCCAGAGUCCUUCAGCCAAAGCUGAUCUGCCUCCACACCACCACCACCCUGAGCAGAAGCUUCCUGAACCUCACCACCCACUCAAUGGUGCAUACGCUCAUCCCCCUCCGCCCCCUCCAGCUCCUGUCGCAUACCAGCCUGGCCAGCUACCUCCAGGUCAAAUGCCUCUGCCUGCGUACCCAAUCUCUCCUAGACAUGGAAUGCCACCACAUAUUCCUGGAUCUUACGAUCCUAGAGCGCCUCCUCAUAUGGAGGACUCUGAUUAUGCUGCUCGAGCUAGAUACGAAGCUACAGUUGACAGACACUAUGAAAGCUGGAACUAUCAGGACUCAUUGAGUCGAAUUGGCACGUCAUCUCGUACGAUCUUUAACUUUGCCGAAGCUUAUAGCAGAAUCGCACAAGAGCAGCACGGAGCUCAUCCUAUCCCGGCUCGACUGCCUACCGAACGGGAAGUUAGCGAUAUGCUCAGCAAUAUCGAACUUGUCAAGAGAUCACUGGAACAAGUGCGUGACUUGGUGCAAACUUCGAUUCAGAACGAACGAGCCCGAGAAGGGUCCAAGAUGAAGGGACCCUACGAGGAAGAACACGACGUAAACAUGUACGGCGAUGGAAUGAAACCGGCUUAUGGUAUUACAGAAGUUAAAAAGCGCCGAGGUCGUGCUGCUCCUCCAGGACGAUGCCACAGCUGCAAUCGAAUCGACACCCCUGAAUGGCGACGUGGACCCGAUGGAGCCCGGACUCUCUGCAACGCCUGUGGGUUGCAUUAUGCCAAACUGGAGAGAAAACGCCAGCUCGAGGCGAGAUCGAUUCGUCCUAAAGAUGAGGCUCAUCGACAAUGAGGCCUCUGCCUGAGAAUAUUGCUAUAUUACGAUGGGGCCUAUGGGCACUUGAAAGCAUUGUGGGGAGGUGCUCGGUCGUCUCAUGGAUGACUUCAACUCGCAACCCGCAUGUCUACACAUUCACACUCGCCUCACACAUACACGCAUACGCACACAUCUUCACGUUUAAUAAUACCCGAACCACGGAACGACGACUUUGCGUCGUUCUCUGUAUAUACGUUUUUAUAACUGGGAUACCUUGGGCUUUGAGCAGGGUCCCGUAGCAUACCAGGCGUUUGUCUCAUUAUG